CGGAAGCUCUUACGUCGAUCGAUGUUCACACUAAUCCACAAAUCAAAAUAUCUAAUUCUCUAUGGCCGAUAUCUUAAAUUAACAGUAAUAAUCAAUAAAAUGUCUCCAGCUGGACAACAACUUUGUUAGGAUUUUGUAGGAUUUUGAUUCUUAAUUAAAUGCUCUUUGCCAAACCUCCUCUAUAGAUAACUAGAUGAGGUUUAGAUACAUCUGACGUUUAUAUCUUUGGGAAGAUGCAACUCAUGCUCCAUGUAGGACUAAAUUUUACUCUGUUCAAUUAAACUACAUGCAUGUAUAAUUAUUUCAGUUGCCUUUUAAUUUGCGUUGGCAAAUUCUGAAAUUAAAUCCUAAGAGCACGAUUAAUGCGGGUCUCCUAUGGUAAAGUUUUUAGCGUAAUAUAAAACACUUCUCUUAGUUUUUAACUAAAAAAAACUAAAAGACAUCUUUUAUAUUUCUUAUUUAAGAGACGUUUCUUAGUUUUUCUUAGUUAAAAGCUAAGAUACGUAUUAGGCUAACAACUUCACCCUAAGCACAUGCUUUAAGCAACCAAACCUACACAAAAAUCUAUAAAUAGGAACCCUCACCUCCCAAACGAUUCACCCAACACUCAUCUCCAAUCACACACCAAAAAAAAAAGUAAAGAAAGAGAAGCUUAAUUAGCAUUUUCAAAACAUGGCUUCAAAGAACAUCACCAUAGCUCUCUUCCUCACCAUCAACCUCGUCUUCUUCGGCUUUACCAUGGCCCAAGCUCCCGGGCCUCAAGCUCCGAUAUGUCCCAGAAGCUCAACCCAGGUCCAAGCUUGUGUCAACAGGCUUACCUCUAUCGUGGGUCUUAACGUUCUACCGCUGACGCAAUGCUGUUCUCUAGUGGCUGGACUUGCCCCCUCUGUGGCCUCUGUCUGCAUCUGCAAUGCCUUAAAACUGUCAGUUCUCGACAUUCUGGGUAUCACUGUGACACUUGGUCAGGUUCUUGGGUCCUGCGGUGUUUCUCCCCCAGCUAGUUUCAUAUGCGCCUAAUUUUCUCUUACAAGACACCUGUUCCGUCGGAUAAUAGUGGUGCAAGUAUGCUUCUCUAAUAAUUAUUUGCGUGUUAGCAAUAUCUAUAUGUUGUUGAAAAUAAAGUGAAACAUGUGUACUGUUUUUACAUGUUUCGUUGUUAACUAUAUAUGUUCUUCAAUUUAUAUUUCCGGCCGUAUGUUGUAUC